CAAUGACUCAGACUCGUUCCCAAACACACCACCUUUUGUUCGGAAGGCCUGCGCUUUCAGCGGGGUGUUAACGUGUAUAAAACUCUAGCCUUGCUGUCGCUCUCUUCCUCGAAAUUCAUGGCAGUCACGCGGGCUGACGCGACAGACACGGACACCCUCAUUGCGAUUGUCUACAGUCUACUCGACUCCAGCUCAGCGCAUGAGCCACCACAGCCCGACGCGAUUCUAGAUGCACUUAUCUCUUCUGAUGGCGACCCUCAGGCUGCAGCUGUCCUCCUCGAUCAGAAGCACCCACCUGCACCUACUCCCGAACGUGGAACAAAACGUCCCCUCUCCCUUGCAGAUUGGCUCGACUCUCCAGGCUCGUCCUCAUCCAAGGCACCACGCAGCAAUCCUGACGCAGAUCCACGUUCCCAACACUGUUCCAGUGCAGCUCCGGACCAACAGUCUAACCGAAAGCCAAUCUCUCGGUCUCGACCUCUUGCCAGUGUUAAGUCGCUGGCCCCCACCGCCUCUGAUGCCUCCGCUCACCGUGCCACCACGCCUACAUCCACUUCUGGCACGCGCAGCAAUCCUCAUCAGCCCGUCGAUCUUCUCUCCAUUCUCCGUCCUCCGCCGACAUCUCCUCAAAAGGUCCCGCGGCUCGCACCGCUCACCCUAGGAACCCCGGCACUCGUGAAGCAGCACACGCCGUGCACGCUCCACCUCUCCGUCCUCCCGCCCGAACUCGCAGCACGCCUCUUCCACACCAUGCUCGACCACGCGCGCGAGUGGCAGCGCAACACGUGGUGGCUUUUCGGCCGAGCCGUCGAGAGCCCGCAUCGGACGUCCUUUUUUGCGCGCAGGACGGACGGUGUCGAUCCAGAUGAAGAUUGGCAGGAGGCCGCGCAGUACUGGUACAACGGCCGCGCGACAGAGCCGCCCGCCGUGUUCCCCGACGCGAUGGAGGAAGCGUGCGCGUACGUAGAACGCGUCGUCAACGACACGUUCGCCAACCGACCGCGGUUUCCGCUCGAGUGGGCCGGUACAGGCGAGGCGGGCGAGCGCGGCUGGCGGUGGCGCGCGAACGUCGCUGCCUCGAACUGCUACACGGGCGGCAAGGAGAGCGUCGGUCCCCACGCGGACCAGAUGACGUACCUUGGCCCGUAUCCUACUAUCGCGUCCCUGAGUCUCGGCGUGACGCGUCUUUUUCGACUGCGAGAGGUCAUCCCGACGCACGAACGCGACUCCCGCUCCGCACGGACGUUCAACAUCCCUCUAACGCAUAAUUCGCUAACCAUCAUGCAUCCACCGUCGCAAGAGACAUUCAAACACUCCAUCCCGCCCCAACGCACGAUCGACGCGUUCCACGUGCCACUCCCCCAGCCCCAGCCCCAGCCCCAGCCCCAGCCCCAGCCCCAGCACGCUCACCGUCAGACUCAGACUCGGGAAAAACCCUCACCUUCCGCCACACACACCCCCGACUCGGGUAUAGCGGCGGGGGCAGGGGAGGCAGGACCGCCGCCGAUCGACGCGACGACGAGCAGAAUCAACAUCACCUUCCGGUUCUACCGCCCCGAUUUCCGGCCCGCCAGCAUCCCCCGGUGCGCGUGCGGCGUGCCUGCUGUGCUGCGCGCGGAUAUGAAGGGGCGGCCGGGCGCGGUGGGCGGGAGCGGUGGUGCUGGUGGUGGUGGCGGUGGUGUCGGUGGUGGUGUUGGUGGGAGCUCUGGUUCUAGCACUACGACAGGGGCGGGGGCGGGAGCGGAUGGCGACGAGGUGCAACAAGCGCACGAACACGAGCACGAGCAAGAACGAGGGCAGGCGCAGCGGUAUUGGUGGUGCUGCACUGCGGCGUUGCAGAACGAGGGGCGCACGUGUAAUAUGUGGCGCGAGCUCGAUAUGCGCGCGGAGGGGCGUGGGCCGUGCGUUGGGGAUGCUGAGGCGGGGGAGGUGCAGGGGGGGUGAGGGCAGCGCUGAGAUCUGGUGGUGAUGAUGGUUAAUCUUCGGGCUAUGGACACAGGAGACAGGUGACGCUGAUGUCUGACGCGGGCGCCUUGCGUUGACGGAGAUUCGGGCUUCAAGCUUCAAGCUUCAAGGUCUCGUGGCUGCUCGGCACGUCUCGGUGUUCAUUGAACACAUCUCAAUUUGCUUCCGUUCUUUAGGCUCAAUGUCAACUCAAAGUGGCCAAGAGUUUGCGCCUAGGACGUCAUUGUUACUUCUUGUGGAUCCGGGCGGUCGCAACAGAAUGGAAAGAAAAACAUAUCAACAGGAAUUGCUAUGUUUCACUGGCCUCUUUUGCCAUGGGGCGCUGAAGGACUUUGCGACGAUCAGCAAUCUCCAACGCCCAAGGUUAACAAAGUGCACUGGCCAAGCUGCUCAUGUCGUCAUCUCGGGCUUCUUUUAUCUGUCACAGGCGCUGAAGGACCCCACGUCUCUAUUUAUGAACGUCGCAACGUGUCUCAUCUGUGCAUAUCAUUCAUUGCCUCGCUCUGACCUAAUAGCUGUCUGUCUGUAUAAAAUGUUACGAAGUCUGGCAUCCUUCCAUUCCAUCCAUCGUCCAAUUCUUGCUGUCUGUCAUGAAGCUCGCAUGUCCUUUACGUUUUCUCUCAUUCACAAUCACCGCCAUCGCCGCGUCCGGCCUGGCUAGCGCCAGCGGCGCCUCAUCUCCUCCGUCUCUCCAGCGGCGCGUGGCCGCCGAUCCGCAGCUCGUGGGCAGCCCCGUGAGCAUGGCCAACGCCACCAGCUACGGCCGCGCGACGACGGAUCUCGACGGCUCGCUGCUGGGCUCCGCGACGUUCACCGGCAACGGCAACAACACGGUGCAGGCGCUGGCCAGCGCGGACGGCGGCGCGUCGUGGGCCGCGCGUGGGGUGAUCGCGACAGGCGCGACGCAGCAGCACGACAUCGACAACGCGUUUCUGCUGCAGCUGCCCGGCGGGCGCGUGCUCGCGUCGUUCCGCAACCACGACAGGAACGGCACGAACAAUUAUACGUAUUAUCGGAUCACGGUCUGUGGGUCGGACGAUGGGGGGCAGACGUGGUCGUUUUUGUGUCAGGCGGCUGAGCAGGCGGCGAAGCCGAGUCCGUACAGUGCGUGUUAUUCCCUGGUUUUCUUUCCGUGAUGCAAUGUAUGAAUGACCUCACUCGCUAUUCGUAGACAACGGCCUCUGGGAGCCGUUCCUCCGCCUGACCACGUCGGGCGCCGUGCAGAUCUACUACUCGCGCGAGAACAACGCGACGGACCAAGACCUCAUCCUCUCCUCCUCCUCCGACCACGGCGCAUCGUGGUCCGCGCCCACCGUCGCCAUCGGCGCGGACUGCUCCGCCGCGCGCGACGGCAUGGUCGGCAUCGCGCCGCUCGGCGUGGCCUCGUCCAACGCGAGCACGGCCACGUCCGCGCACCUGCUCGCGAUCUUCGAGUCGGGCGCGCCGAACGGGAGCUUCGUGGUCGAGCGGAGCGUGUCGACGGACGACGGGGCGACGUGGGGCCCGCGCGGGACGGUGUACCGGCCCUCGAACGGGCUCAAUGCGCAGUCGCCGCAGGUGGCGAAUGUGGGUGGCGCGCUUGUUGCGGUGUUUAUGACGAACGAGGAUACGGGGACGCCGGGGACGGCGAAUGAGACGGUGAAGAUGCUUGCGAGCGGGGAUGGGGGUGCGACGUGGGGGGAGAAGACGAGUGUUGCGCGGCCGCCGGCGUUUUGGCCUGGGUUGUGUACGAUCGCGGGGGAUACGGUGGUGGCGAUCUUUGGGGAGAGCGGGGUGCAGACGCAGAAUGUGACGUUGUCGAGUUCGGGCGAGGGGAGUACGGAGAGUAGCAGCGGUGGUGGGGUUUCUCGAGGUUAAUUUACUUUAGCUCUAAUAUCGGACGUAGUAUCAAAGUUGUAUGCCAAUGUCGAAAC